AUGUCCCCUGAGUGCGCGCAGGCGGCGGGCACUGGGUCCCCGCGCAGCCUGGAGCGGGCCAACCGCACCCGCUUCCCAUUCUUCUCCGACGUCAAGGGAGACCACCGGCUGGUGCUGACCGCUGUGGAGACGGUCGUGCUGGCGCUCAUCUUCGCGGUGUCGCUGUUGGGCAACGUGUGCGCCUUGGUGCUGGUGGCGCGCCGACGGCGCCGCGGCACCACCGCCUGCCUGGUGCUCAACCUUUUCUGCGCGGACCUGCUCUUCACCAGCGCCAUCCCGCCCGUGCUGGCUGUGCGAUGGACUGAGGCCUGGCUGCUGGGCCCGGUCGCCUGCCACCUGCUCUUCUACGUGAUGAGCUUGAGCGGCAGCGUCACCAUCCUCACGCUGGCGGCCGUCAGCCUGGAGCGCAUGGUGUGCAUCGUUCGCCUGCAGCGGGGCGUGCGGGGCCUGGGGCGGCGGGCGAGGGCCGCGCUGCUGGCGCUCAUCUGGGGCUACUCGGCGCUGGCCGCGCUGCCCCUCUGCGUCUUCUUCCAAGUCGUUCCGCAGCGGCUCUCCGGUCGGGACCAGGAAAUUCCGAUUUGCACACUGAGUUGGCCCAGCAUCGCUGGAGAAAUCUCCUGGGAUGUGUCGUUUGUUACUUUGAACUUCUUGAUGCCAGGAUUGCUCAUUGUGAUCAGCUACUCCAAGAUUUUACAGAUCACAAAGGCAUCAAGGAAAAGGCUCACGGUGAACCUGGCUUCCUCGGAGAGCCACCAUAUCCGCGUGUCCCAGCAGGACUUCCGGCUCUUCCGUACCCUCUUCCUGCUCAUGAUCUCCUUCUUCAUUAUGUGGAGCCCCAUCAUCAUCACCAUCCUCCUCAUCUUGAUCCAGAAUUUCAAGCAGGACCUGGUCAUCUGGCCAUCCCUCUUCUUCUGGGUGGUGGCCUUCACGUUUGCCAACUCAGCCCUGAACCCCAUUCUCUAUAACAUGUCACUGUUUAGGAAUGAAUGGAGGAAAAUUUUCCACUGCUUCUUCUACCCAGAAAAGGGAGCCAUGUUUACAGAUACAUCUGUCAGAAGAAAUGAUCUGUCCGUUAUUUCCAACUAAUUAAAUUUUUCUCUAUAGGCAGAGUUUAUCACCCUCUGGAAAGCUAGGAUACGCUUUCAAAGGGAGUUUAUUUCCAGGACCAUCACAUCACUGUAGCCUGCUUUAAGAAAAUGUAACCUAUGCAAAUACACAUUUAUAGCACCAGUAAAUUAAGGGGUGAUCAUUCAGUAUGACAAUUUUACCCUUCAUAAAAGGAUUUGUUAUGGGCUCCCUUUAAAUAUGAACUUUUUCCAGUGUGUUUGUAAUAUGAUUGAGUUUAAUAAAUUUUUAUUUAUAGCUGUUCAGC